AUGUCGAUAAAUAUCUCAAUUGCGGAUUUUAUAAAUGUGAAUCAAUGGAGCGAUGUGUAACAUGCGUUCGCCGUUAAGGUAUAUUAUAAAAAUGAUGAUUGUAUCGUGACCAUUAAACGGUUAUUUCGCCGCAAGUUCAACGUCAACCGUAAUAAUCCAGUGACGUCUGGUCAUGCCAUUAAAACAUGGAUUAAGAACUUUGAAGAAACUGGUUCUGUACUGAAAAAAUAAAAACUUCUCUGAGUAAAAAAAAAAAAAAGAAGAAGAAGAAGAGGAAGAAAGAAAUGUACUUACGUACGCCAAAGAAUGCAGUCAUGCAAUUUCGUUAAACAUUUCGGAUAAGAAUUGUAUACGCUCUUGUCCGAUGUUGUACGAGUAAUAUGCUUUUAAGAUUGAAGAAAUCUCUGUGGAGAGGCAGAGAUCAUCUUCAAAAUGUCGUCUUCAAAUAAUAAAAUACUUUUUUUAUUUCUGUAGAUUAAGAUGAUACAUUUAAAAUUUUUUAAAUAAAGCAUUUCGAUGAGUUAUUGAACUUUUGUAAUCGUCCCGUUUACAUCUCUGCCGCACUCAGUAUAAUUCUAACAAUUUUUCAAGCAUAUCGUAAUUUAAUAAAAAUAUUUUUUCUUCUUUCUUUUUUUUUUGGGGGGGGGGGAUGGGCGGGGAAUUUUUUAAUAGGUCUCUGGA